AUUCUUCUAUUCAUCACACCCUCCUGGUACGAUGGAUACAAGUGUAAAAGACCUUAGGAAGGCAAUAUCGAAGUCUAGAUGCAAGGACAAAGCCAAACACAGCGAAGUGAUACAGAUGAUCAUAUCAUUGCUCGCCGCGAACCCUAGCGAUGGCAAGAAGAAACUGGCAAAAUGUUUUCGUCAACCUCUUGUUCCCAUAUUCUCGACAUAUCUGCUGCCUGCGCUACAUUUCGCCUCGGCGUUGUUCCACUGCAUAUAUCACGAGAAGGUCUUGACGGCGCUCGGGAAACAACUACUGGAGGAGAAGCGGGAGUGGGAAGAUGUAUUGACGAGUCUGUUGUCUGGCGUUUUGGAUCUCUUGGACGAAUGUGAAUCAGACAAGAACAAAAGCUCUGCGGCCAAGAACGCCAUUGCAAGUGCUCUGUACCCGACGCUUUGCGACAUAUGCUUCUCGCUUUCUGCGCCCAUGCAGUCUGUUGACUUGCGGUGUACGGCGUACACAUUGCUCUCCGACUCCGCUGCCUCGCACACUCAUAAUCAGCAAAAGCUUCGCGACAAGUCAGUGCUUGGAGGUGAACGUCUCGGGAGCAUGAUUUGGCGCACCAAAGAUUACCUAGCCUUGGAGUCGCUCCUGACGUUGUUCGCUCGUAUCCUGCCCUCAGCAAAGGACUCCCCCUCCGGUCACGUCAAACGCGCCGCAUAUAUCAAGUCAGUGUUCCUUUCGCCGCAACAAUCGGAGCACUCCAGCGUCGGACAGACGAUUGCGAAGCUCUUGGAGCGUGUACCAACAAACGAAUGGGAAGACACGUCGAGGGAGAUAGUCGAUGUGCUCGCUGCGGCCUACGUUGCCUUUCCGCAGCCGUUCUCUGUCGACAAAGUCAAUGCAUGCGACGAAACCAAGCAGUGCGACAAGCUAUUUGUCGACCAAAAGGCGUUUCUGGUCAACGUUCUCAUCGGGGAUGACCAGUGUGAAGCGUUAGAAAUCGCAUAUAACACUAUCAGCAAGAUCGAGGUCACGCCAGGACAAGCAGCAGGCGCUACCGUCGAGGUUCGCGUGAAGACUCCUCCGGCCAUUGGCAAGGUCCCUGUGAAGAGUACACAAGCUUCCCCACAUCGAGUCGGCUUCGCGCUUGCGAACGGCGACGUCGAGAGGUUCUACUCCGCCGUUCGAAGCAGGGGACUUGGGAGGUUGCUCAAGGACGUUCCCCACAAGUUGUCAUUGGCAAGGUCUCCGGCUGUUCUCGAUUUCGAUGGUCAAGGCCGACCGGUUAAGGAACUCAGCCAGUCAGAGCGAAUCGAGAAUGUGGAGAAGUUCUACCACACCAAUCAAAGCAGCGACGACCUGUCGGUAGCAUCACCCCGAAUUGGCGUUCAAGACCAAGUGGCUGCUGCUCUGAAGGUGAUCUCUGUGCCCAAGGAUAUUCGUACCGCGGAUCUGGCGAUCAAGUUGAACGAGUCUAGCAACAAAAAACCUACGACACCCUCAACUACGACUCUUGAGCAUCCGGUUCAGUCAACGGUAUCCGUCGCGAAGAGUAAUAAGACAAGGUCUAACCAAAAGGCGGCCAGCGAUGCUACAGAUAUUGCUCCUACUCAGGUGUCAACUUCCACUGCCGGCAAGCUUGCUAAACCUCUCGGCCGAACUCGAUCCAAGAAGAUGCGCGACGAUGCCUUUGGUGCUAGCGGCGAGGAGCUCUCUGAGGCGUCGGACGCCGACGACGUACCCUUGGCAUCGAAGGUCUCUCAGCUGGCUAAGGCGACGAAGAGUCACAACAAUUCCAACGGACGAAAGGUUUCCUCACUUGUAGUUACUCCGCCUGUUCGUCUUGGUGCUGCUAGACGCGUCUUGGACUCCGACGACGAGGAAGUCGGUCAUCGAGGUUCUGCUAGUUCUAUGGCGACUGCUCGCCGGCGUACUGGCAACAAGACGCGCGCUAUUCUUCCCAGCCCCGACUGUUCUGACGACGAGCCCAUUGACAACAGAUUCGUAACUCCGCCAAGAUCCCAGCUAGAAUCCACUGCGGCACCUCUUACCCCGACGAAACCGCCUGCUAGUCGGCCUCUCCGACCGCAAGAACCUAGUUCGCCUGGUAUCGCUACACUGGAUGCCCUGUCGUCUGACGCCGGGAAACCUUUACCUAUGGUCGAGCAAAACGCUGCGAAUGGUCUUGAUUCUGCAUCUCUUACUGCUGCCCGGCUCACUUCUGCUAUCGGCGAGAAUCCUGCUCCCUCGCCUGUUCGUCCGGCCACUGCCAAGGCUUACCGCAAACCACGUGCGCUCGUAAACAAGGAAGCUGCCGCUCCUUCAGCUCGGGCUCGAAACGAUAUUCUCACUGAACGCACUCCAAACACGGACGGAACCCGACCCGCGUCCGCGGCUACAGAUGCGAAGGUUUCCGGCAAAGCUGUCCCUCUCCCGAUGAGCUUGGAACUUGGCGAUCAUAUCAUGAACAAUUCGUCGCCUGUCCCUAUAGUCAAGCUAGAGAAGACCUCAGUCAAGGCGAAGCUUCGCAAGAAAGCUCAACCUCUCGUCGAGGACAAGAAGGCUGCUCACGUGAAGACGUCAAAGAGGAAGAGAGCAGCUGUGGACGAAGACCACGAUUCCCCGGACGCUGGGUCGGCACACGACGGCGCUGAACCACCAGCCAAGAAGUCGCGCGGCGAUGGCGGGGACACAGAUCAAGGUUCAACGCUACGGAAGCGAAGGACGGACUCACGUGUCCUCCGUCCCAAUAUCACUGCGGCCUCUCGGACGACCCAACGAUAUCGCGCGAAGAAGGACAAGGCAUCAUCUCCACCCUCCAACAGGGAUGCCUUUGACUACGACGAAUUGCCCGGCAGCGUUGCAGCAUCGGAUGUUCGUUCGCAUUCGUCUCCGACACAGGUCGCCCGGCGUAGCAAGAAAGAGAACGGCAAGAGCAAGGUAGCUGAUGCCCCUGCACGAAGGACACGUACCACUAGGGCGACUGCGAAGGAGGAUCAGUCACACGUCUCUGAUACUGUAGUCCCUGGUAGUGAACCCGGCCGCGUCUCGACCAACGAUGUCCCCGUGGGCGCGGAUGAUCUCCAGGACGAGGAAGAGGUCACAAACCUGCUGACGAAACCAUCGAAGCCGAGUGUCACUGUGGUCGAAAGGCCUGUGGUAGAAGCGAUGAAGGCGUCGGCCAUAUCUUCUGCUGCAGCCAACAACCCCUUCGUUGAGCCGCUUACGAAUGCUGCUCAUGCCACGCAAGUGACUGACGGCGCUGGCGGGAAUCGCAAGGUAUGCGAUCAUUCGUCCUGCGCGAUACCUCGUACUACCUACGCGUACAGGCUGGGGCCGCGAGCGGAAAAAAGUCGAACAAGAUGCCAUGGCUAGCUAUGACGAAGCAAGCUGUCGACGACGGUAACGCAAAGCAGCCUAUCCCCCACAAGUCUGACGAGGGUCGUUUCGACGCUGCCGAUGCGUCUGCAGAGCGUCAACCAAGAACGACUGGGCAGCGA